AUGUUUAGUGCAGAUAAUAAGGAGAAUAAUGCAAAAUCGUCAACAGAUGAUAAAUCUACUAACAAGACUGUUGUUAGACGCUCCGUUUUGAAAGAAUUCGAUCCUUUUUAUUCAAGUCCCCAUCAAAACCUUGAUAAGCCAACAGCUAUAAAUGAAGAAUGCGAAGAAGAAGCAAAUGACACACCAGAUGAUACUCAAAUAAAUAAAAAACUAGAAGAUCCAUUGUUACAAGCGAAUGCAUCCAAACAAGACUUCCAGGUGACACCUAAGACUAGUCAAGGGUUAGCAGAAUAUCUAUCUGAGCACAAAACAGAAAAUUUGUCAAAAGAAGAAUAUCAACAUCUAAAAGAAGCUUACAUUCUGGAAAACGAUUACUGUGCCUAUAUCAAAUACACGCCUGAUAAAAAACCAAUUUUAGAAUGCGUGAGAGAUUUAACUGACGAAUUAGCUAUGCUAAACAUAACUGAAAGCGUUCCAGAAAAUCAAUUGCCUCAAUAUUUCGAAUGCCAAGAACCGAAACCAAACGACAUUGUCUUUGUCAAUACCCAUUUCGAUUGUACAUUUGAUCAAACUCAAAACAUGGAAGCUUGCGAUCCACUAGGAGGUUCUUUCGUCAACAAAACCGUUGAUCAUUUGGAUCAAGAGUCUGUGUACGAGGAAUGCCUUGACACCAGCUUUUCCAACGUGGACAGCGCCGAGCCUGAAAACGAGGAAAUUUUGGAAAUAAUUAAUAGGAGUUUCGAGGAGGCUUUAGAUGGGAAUGAUGUGGAAAUUGAAGAUAAUAAUAGUCAGGAUGGGAUUUUUGAGAAUGUAGUGCAAUCUUUCAAAAAAGAAGAUACAGAAGAAAAAGAUACUUCUGUAAUAAAUAAAAGUAUUGGAGCUAAUAUGGAAACAUCGCACAAGAUUCAGCAAGAAGAUGAUUCUUUUGCUGUAGUAAAUCUCGAAGAAAUUGAAAUUAACCCUGAUCAAGAUUGUGAAGGAACUGCUGGCAAGUCAAUAGAUAGAGUAGUAUUUGAGAAUCAACAAGGAAAUGUUUCUUUUGGUACUGAAUUGAAAUCUGCUCAAGAUGUUGAAGAAGCUAAUGCUAAAUCAAUGGAUGUAAGUUUUGAAGCAAAAGAGACUCAUAAAGAAACUGUUGAUACAACUUUUAAAGCCCAAGACACAACUUUUGAAGAAGUGUGUGACGCUCAGCAUCAACAUGCUUCUUUUGUAAUUGAAGAAGUAUACGGAAUCUCUAAAGUUGUAAUUUCUGAAGCAGAUGAAGCAAAAAGCCCAGCUCAAGUAGUAGUAAGUGAGGAUCAGCCUAAAAACACUUCCUUUGUGAUUGAAGAAAAUGAAAAGAUUCCAGAAAUUAUAAUUACUGAAGCCACUGAAGUAGAAGAUGCUCAGAUUGUCAAUGAAAAGCUAAUGGAUACAACUUUCGAAGGAAAAAAUGAAGCUGCUGAAACUACACAUGAAGAGCAACCCAAAGAGGUUAUUCUUGAAGCAGAAAUUGUUCAUGAUGCUAUUUUCGUGACUGAAGAAACCAGUUCAAAAGUGGCUCAGAAUGUCAAUGACAAGCCAAUGAAUACAACUUUUGAAGGAAAAAAUGAAGCUGCUGAAGAUCAACUCGAAGAUAGGUUUUUUGUUGACUCAUUACAAAGUCCCAAUGAAGUUAUUUGUAAAGCUGAAAUAGUUCAUGAAGAUCAGCAUGAAAAUGCCACUUUUAUGACUGAAGAAACUGAUUCAAAAGACAUAAUUUCUGAAGCCACUGAAUUAGAUCUUGCUCAUAAUGUCUCUGACAAGCCAAUGGAUACAACUUUUGGAGGAAAAAAUGAAGCUGCUGAAACUACACAUGAGCCUAAAGAUGCCUCUUUUAGCGUUAAAUCUGCAGUACUGAGCCCUGAAGAGAUUUUUUCUGAAGCAGAUCAAGCAGAAACUGUUCAUGAAGAUGCUAAUUUUGUGACUGAAGAAACCAGUUCAAAAGACAUAAUUUCUGAAGCUACUGAAGUAGAAGUUGCUCAAAAUGUCACUGACAAAUUAAUGGAUGCAACUUUUGAAGGAAAAAAUGAAGCUGUUAAAAUUCCACAUGAAGAUCAUCAGCCCAAAGAUGUCUCUGUUGUCUUCGAAGACGCAGUCUUGAGUCCUGAUGAGAUUAUUUUUGAAGCAGAAAAUGCUACUUUCGUGGCUGAUGAAUGCAGUUCAAAAGACGUAAUUGCUGAAGCCACUGAAGAAGAAGUUCAGAAACUGACGCCAAUAAAUACAACUUUUGAAGAAAAAAAUGAGGUUGCUGAAGAUCAACAUAGACCCAAAAAUGUCUCAGUAGAGAGCCCUGAAGAAGUUAUUUUUGAAGCAGAAAUUGUUCAUGAUGAUCAGCAUGGAAAUGCUACUUUUGUGACGGAAGAAACCUCUCCAAAAGAUAUAAUCUCUGAAGUGGAACUUGUUCAGAAUGUCACUGACAAACCAGUGAAUACAACUUUUGAAGGAAAAAAUGAGGUUGCCGAAGAUCAACAUAGACCCAAAGAUGUUUCAGUAGAAAGCCCUGAAGAAGUUAUUUUUGAAGCAGAAAUUGUUCAUGAUGAUCAGCAUGGAAAUGCUACUUUUGUGACAGAAGAAACCUGUUCAAAAGACAUUAUCUCUAAAGUGGAACUUGCUCAAAAUGUCACUGACAAACCAGUGAAUACAACUUUUGGAACUUUACCUGAAGAUGCCUCUUUUGUUCUUGAAGCAGCAAGACUCAAAGAAACUGAUGAUGAACCAAUGGAUAUAACUAUUAAGACAAAAACCAUUAGCUCUCCUGAGAUUGCGACUUAUGAAGAAACAGAUGAGCCAAUGGAAACAUCCAUUAUUAUCGUUGAUACAGUCGAAGUAAAUUCUACAGAAACUCAUGAUGAGCGAAUGGAUAUUAGUUCUGAAACUAAUGAGGCUCAGAAAACUAUUAUCAAGCCAACUUUUGAAGCUGAAACUGAAGACAACAUAUCAAAUCCUAGAGCUUCCAUUAAAAUUAAUACAUCAAGCUCUUCAUUUGUAAUCUCGGAUGAACACGCAGCUGAAUCUACAAAAUGUGCCGAAGCUCUUGCUCAAAGCCUCAAUCAAACUAUUGACGUAGAAGAAUCGGCAAUUAUAGAAGAUAUUGAUGCUAUUGAUAACCUCAAUGUAACCCUAGAAGCAGCUCAAAACCAGCCCACUGGUGAAGUUCAAUUACAAGUUGAAAAUCAGAUUGUUCAAAAAGAAGCAGAAAUUGUUGAAGUUGAAGCUGUUAUAAUAGAAGAUGCUAAAAGUGAUAAUGCAGAAGUUGCUGCUGAAAUACAUGAAGAUUCCAACAAAUUAGUAUCAGAACCAAUUCAAUUGUCACCAAAACCUAAAAGACUAGAAUGUCGUCCCAGUAUUAGACCUUUAUGUAACAAAACUCAAGUAAUUGUUAAUCCGUUGAUAUUGCAACAACCUGAGUCUCGAGUAUCAGAUGGUAAUCUUGUUUUUGAGUUAAACUUGUUGCAAACUGAACUGAAACGUAUUCAAGAGGAUAAUGCUAAAAAGGAUCAGAGCAUUCUUGCACAUGUUAUGAAUAGUCAAUCUGCCAAGGAAACUGUCAGAAAAUACGAGCACAUUACUAGAGAAUAUAAUAAUCAUGUGAAGAAGCAAAGUGAAGACUUGAAGCUUAUGAGAAGAAGAUCCGAUCAAGUUGCAGCAAACUUGAUUAGUACAGAAAUGGCCUUUUCAGCUGUGUUCAAGAACUACGAAAAAGCCAAAUCAGCUAUAGAAUCUUACAAGAAAAAUGAGUCGAUUUUGUGUGAAGAAAUCAAUAAAUUAGAAGACAAAUCAGCUGAAGUUAAUUUAGAAUGUAAAUUGGUUGAAGAAAAGUGCCUUGAAGAGAUUAAAACGGUGCAAGAGCAAGCCGAUCGAAAGAAGGAAGCUUACCAGCAAAACCUUAACAAACUCCAAGCUAAUGUGAAAAGACUGAAAAUCAAAGCUUCCUCACUGGAGUGUUCUUUGAAGCAAAAAACUGAAGAAUGUCAAGCUUUGGCUACAUUAUGUGAUGAUAUUUUAAAAGAAAAACCUUCUACUGUCUCUUAA